AUGUGCGAGCGGGCGGCGCGCCUGUGCAGGGCCGGCGCGCACAGGCUGCUCCGGGAGCCGCCGCCGCAGGGCCGGGCGCUGGGCGGGCUGCUGCGCUGGGUGGGCGCCAGGAUGGGCGAGUCCCGGGCGCCGCUGGUCCCCGUCGCCCCCGCCGCGGACCCCGGCCCCGGCCCCGCCUCGCCGCGCGGGGGCACCGCCGUCAUCCUGGACAUUUUCCGCCGUGCGGACAAAAAUGACGAUGGGAAGCUGUCCUUGGAGGAAUUCCAGCUCUUCUUUGCAGAUGGCGUCCUCAACGAGAAAGAACUCGAGGGUCUCUUCCACACGAUCGACUCCGACAACACCAGCCACGUGGACACCAAGGAGCUGUGUGAUUACUUCGUGGAGCACAUGGGGGACUACGAGGACGUCCUGGCCUCCCUGGAGACCCUGAACCAUUCCGUCCUGAAGGCCAUGGGCUACACCAAGAAGGUGUACGAGGGAGGCAGCAACGUGGACCAGUUCGUGACCCGCUUCCUCCUGAAGGAGACCGCCAACCAGAUCCAGUCGCUGCUGAGCUCCGUGGAGAGCGCCGUGGAGGCCAUCGAGGAGCAGACCAGCCACAUCCGACAGAACCACAGCAAACCCAGCCAUGGCGUCGUGGAGGCCUGGCACGGAAACCCCACUCCUCCCUACGGCCCCUGCCACCAGCCCACGGCCCCAGAGCAAGGGAAGAGCCUUCUGCCUGUCACCGCAGACCCAAAGGAGGAGGGCCUGGGAGCCCAGGUCAGCCGUUUGGCAGAGCUGAUCGGGAGGCUGGAGAGCAAGACACUUUGGUUUGACCUGCAGCAGCGCCUCUCAGACGAGGAGGGAACCAACAUGCACCUGCAGCUGGUCCGGCAGGAGAUGGCCGUGUGCCCCGAGCAGCUGAGCGACUUCCUGGCCGCCCUGCGCCAGUACCUGCGGGGCACCGCCGGCGAGAGGAGCUGCUUCCACAUUGCUGCCGUGAGGAUGGCCGACGGCUUCACCUUCGUUGUCUACGAGUUCUGGGAGACAGAGGAGGAGUGGAAGAGGCACCUGCAAAGUCCCCUUUGCAAAGCUUUCCGGCACGCCAAAGUGGACACACUGAGCCAGCCCGAGGCCCUCUCCAGGAUCGCGGUGCCAGCUGCUUGGUGCACCGUGGCCCGAGACUGACCACCCCCGAGGCCCCUGGACGAGCCUGCCUGCUCCCCGCCCCUUAUUCUAAAGGCCUUCCCUCUUUUCUAGGAACUUUGGUAUACGAGCUUUCUUUUCAACACACUUCUAAACAAGAAUGUAUUUUCCCAGUGUUUGAAGUGAAGGAAACCUGCCUUCCCCCUGGGGUCUCCCCAGGGCUCCCCGUGACCCCACCCGUGUUGGCAGAGCCGGGGCCUUGCUGCAGCCAAAGGUUAUGGGUGACGGGGCAGGCUCCCUGGAGCUGGCACCCUGCUCUCGUUCCCGCCUCUCCCACGCUCGCCCCAGCCCCUGCCCUGUCUCUCACCCGGGUAGCAGAGGCUCGGCGGGCAGCACCCCUCAGCUGCACCUUUCUCUUCCCCUCCCCUGCCGGUUGGUCUUCCCGUACCUUGUAGGAUUCGUGACCCCCUCGAGCCUUCCAGCUGGCGUAGAAACCUCAUAACCACUCCAGUGCUAGGUACACCGCCGGCCACAGACGCCAAUAAACUCUGGCUGGGGACGACCGCGUGCUGUGUUUCUCUUUCCU